AGCAGUGCUUCCUUCCACAGAUGCACGCAGAAAUAAACCACCGGUGACUCGUCGUCACUCCGCAGUGGAAGAUGGCUGCGGCGGACCGGCCCCCUGUUAGGGAAGGAGUACGGAUAGUUUUUCUGUGUGUGGGCUGGUACACGGUCAGUUCGGGGGGCAACAUUGUCAACAAAAUCAUCCUCAAUGGAUUCCCGUACCCGGUCACAGUCUCUCUGUUUCAUAUUAUUUCUAUCGUCGUGUUCCUCCCGCCGUUGUUGCGGGCAUGGGGAGUCCCCAGAACAGAACUGCCGAGCAGGUACUACCGGUGGUAUAUCCUGCCAUUAGCUUUCGGGAAAUACUUUGCAUCUGUGUCGGCACAUUUCAGCAUAUGGAAAGUACCCGUUUCAUAUGCGCAUACCGUCAAAGCUACCAUGCCAAUAUGGGUUGUGCUGUUAUCAAGAAUUAUCAUGAAGGAGAAGCAAACCACAAAGGUGUAUGUAUCGCUCAUCCCCAUCAUUGGAGGAGUGCUGCUGGCCACAGCAACUGAGCUGUCCUUUGAUGUUUCAGGACUAAUCAGUGCUCUGGCGGCCACGCUCUGCUUCUCUCUGCAGAACAUCUUCUCCAAAAAGGUGUUGCGCGACACAAGGAUCCACCACUUGAGGCUUCUCAACGUCCUGGGCUUUAAUGCUGUUCUCUUCAUGCUGCCCACCUGGGUACUGGUGGACCUCUCUGUGUUUCUUGUUAAUGGAGACCUGUCGGAGAUCUCGGGAUGGUCAGGUACCUUCGUUCUCCUGCUCAUCAGCGGCUUUUGCAACUUUGCUCAGAACGUCAUUGCCUUUAGCGUACUGAACAUCGUCAGCCCGCUCAGCUAUGCCGUCGCCAAUGCCACCAAGAGGAUCAUGGUGAUUAGCAUCUCACUGCUAAUGCUGCGCAAUCCGGUAUCCCUCACAAACGUCAUGGGUAUGAUGACGGCCAUAGUCGGGGUCUUUCUCUACAACAAGGCCAAGUAUGACGCUAACAAGGAGAAGAAGCUACUGCCAAGCGCCAAGCAGGACCUGAUGUCCUUUGAAAACCCAGCGCUGGAGAAUAUCCAGGCCAAUGGGUCAUUGCCUUUCUCCCACGACUCAGAGCAGCAUCACAACUGGAACAACGUGCUGACCGACCACUUCCAGUACAGCCGGCAGGCCUACACGAAAAACUUCAGCAGCAAUCACCAGUACGUGGUGUAAAGGAGGAGUCUGUCCUCGAGACGGGUGGCUGUCAUAGACAUUACUGUGUGUAGCCGCCCUCCCGGCAGCGGGACACAGCCCUGCUCCAAACACGAGACUGAAGGCAAGUGCUGUUUGUUCUGGAUAGGAAGAAUGAGAUGGCCAGUGUCGUGACCUCUCCCACGCUCCUCCCUGUCUAAACUUCACUUUCUGACAGCAUCGUUGUAUGUCAUUGUUUAUUUAUUAGUAUGGUACCGACUGUAUGGAAUGGUCUGAGAGAAAAACUAAACUUUAAUCACACGUUUAAUACAUUUUGGUGUCAGAUUCAGCCAUGUUAUCCAGACACAGAAAUGUGCUACAGCAGGUGGACAUGUAAAAGGUAGUUGAUGAAUUUUUUGCACCUUAUUGUCUGGAAAUAUCUGCGUUUUGUUUUCACAACCAGCCAUAAUUUGUAUUUUUUUGGUUAUUUUGUUCACUUUUAGAGGAAUAGAUGUCAGCUGUAAUUAUUUAAUGUGAUCACUAAAUUGCACCGAAAUAACAGUCAUGUUACAAACACAUCUCAGUGGAAGGCAUUAACAUUUUGGUUUUAGGCAUUGUAAAUGUACAGUAUGAGUAUAAUUUUUCUUCAUGAGGCACAUUUAGGACCGAGAGUAGAACCAAAUCUCUUUUAAAUUGAUGUCCUCGUUGAAUAAAACGUGUUCCAGCUGUAGACAGUGGAGGAUUUUAAGUGACGGCCACCUAAGAAAAGCUGGGAAAUCUUUUUGUUUUUGUGGCUUCGGUCCGAUGGUAGGAAUACUUUCUCAGACUUUCACUUGGUGUCUUUCACCAUGACAGCGGCACGGCUCUAUGGAUAGCAAUGUCAGAAAUGAGCAGAAAUUCAUGGUCCCCACAGGAUGAAUCUGCAUGAUUUUGGGGAUUUCCUGACUUUCCCCCUCAGGAUACACUGUGAUCAGAUUUGGUGAUCCUCUGACAUUGUAUCUAGCGGCAUCUUAAGGUCAAAAUUUGAAUUUGUCCAAUACUUUUAAUGACUAAAUUCCUGCAAAUCUAAUGGCCAACCAGUCUCAGCUUUUCUUCACGUUAGGUUAAUUAGCAAAUGUUAGCAUACUAGCAUGUUAUACUUACAUGAUACUCAUGGUAAACGUUACACCUAAUAAACAUCCGCAUGUAAGCAUCGUCAUCGUGAGCACGUUGGCAUGGUAACAGUAGCAUCUAGACUGGACUCAUUUGUCAGCAUGGUUCAAAAUUACAAGUGCCUGAUGAAGAAAAAUGCCCAAAUUUCAACAAAAAGGAAUCCAUUCAUUGUGUCUGCAAGAAACUGAUGCUUGUAAACCUGUUGUAGACAGAUCAGUAAAAAAAUCAGUCUCACUUGUUUUUAGCAAGUGUUUUUAACUGCCACUAUCAAGGUACUUUUCAGUUCACACACACACACAAAACCUUUGUGUCUUUGAUCGAAAAUUAACUUUCAGAGUGAGACCAGUUCUGUCACCCAGAACAGUCAAUGAACUCCCACAGAUCUGUUCCUUUUCCCCAAGAUAACAAAUCAGUUCAUCGUUUCUUAAUCAUGGCGCAUAAGUGUACAAAGUUAAAAUUAGAUUUACCAAAACAAAGCAUCCUUUCAGUGUGCAUACUGUAAGGUUGCUCAUGUUCCAUCUUUCUUUGGUAGUCUAACCCUGUAAAAUGUAAUAGAGAUGUUUGAAUUCAUUUUGUUCAGCAUAGUUUGGAGGUGGAGAAUCCAUUUAAAAUGAUGCCUUUUUU